AUGUCUAUAUUAGAGGAUAUCCUGCGUGUCACUACAUCCCAGGAUGCUAACAAGGAUUAUUCUGUCCUUCCGUCUGAUUUCGAAGCCCCAUUGGGCGUAGAUCAAGUGGAUUCCGUUUUAUUGUAUCAACUUGUGGAGAACCCCUCGCUGGGCCAGCCGGCCAUUAGAUAUUUGAAGGAUUGUUUUCAGAGGAUUCAGCAACAAAAGCGCCUAUCCAAAAAAGUGUCGCAAGAUUUGGGUCUCUUGCAGGAGAUGGACCGCCUUGUUGUAGGUUAUGGAUUGGUGAUCUUCCAGGUCGAGGAAUUCACUCAAGGCGAGAAUAAUUUCAUUACUUAUAUUAAGGACGUGGUUAGAUCGAUAGAUGAUUACACUGAUUUUUUCAACAACCUGAUUUUAAGGGCAAUAAAAGAAGAUUCUUUGUUUGAAUUUGUGAACAAUUUUUUUGGAUCAUUACGAUUGUAUGUUACCUCGCUUAAACUAUUUGAUUUGAAUGAUUCUUCCGUCUACACUAGUGUUUUGACGUGUUUUGAAAUGUUUGUUUCUCAUAAGCCAGUCGCCGCAAUAUUCACUCAAAUUGAUGGAUUCUUUGCUAGUCAUGAUAUCAAGCCUAACGAAUUUGAGAAGUCUACACUGUUAGGUCCUAUUCUAACCCUAUCUCCUCUAAAUCCUAACGUUGCUUUGCGUAAUUAUGGUGAUAAUUUGGAACGUACGCAACAACAGACAAAUAUGGUUCAUGAAUCACUGCAGGCAGAACAUAAGGUUGUUCUAGAAAGACUGUUUUUCAUCAUUGAUAAAAUCGUUCGUGGUUCAGCUGAAUCUAGAAAUGGUUUAUUAACAUACUUUGCUCACAUAGUGAAUAAAAACCAUUUACGGAGAGGUGAUCACGCUAACUCUAAUAAACUAGCAUCAAAUGCGUUUGUCACAAAUAUCACAUUACUGUUGGUGCGCUUUUCCCAGCCUUUCCUCGAUAUCUCUUAUACCAAAUUGGACAAAAUUGAUGUAAACUAUUUCAACAAUUUGAAUCUAUUCAUUGACUUAUCCCAGGAGACACGCAUGAAUUCUGAUUUUAAAGAAGCCGACGAAUUUUAUGAUAGGAAUAAAAAGUCUGAAGAUUGCAGGCCAAAUUUCAUUUCUGACUGCUUCUUCUUAACCCUUACUUACCUCCACUACGGCCUUGGUGGAACUGUUCUCUAUGAUGAGAAGAUUACACCCCAACUGAAAAGAAUGAAGCAAGAAAUUGACAGGAUCAAGCGUGCUGCUCAAUCUCAAGAUAUGUUCGCACGAUUCGCGGCGAUGCAACUACCUUCUCUGGAGAAAACACUACAAAUCACGCGUUCUUUGAAACAAGCGCUGCAGGGGUUUUUCUCCCAUAGAGAACUACAACUUGAGAUCUUUGACUUUGUUAGUGGCGCGUCAACUUUCUUAAUAAGAGUUAUUGACCCGAAUCAUGAGUAUCCUUUUAAGCAAAUCAAAUUGCCAUUGAUUCCGGACCAAGUUGGCGUUGAAAAUGUAGACAAUGCCGAAUAUCUGAGGGAGAACGCGCCUAUUCCUUUCAAAUAUUACCCAGAGUAUAUUCUGGAAGGCCUCAUCAAUUAUUCACAGUACAUUACGAAAUAUGUCAUGUCACCACUGUUUAGAAACACCCGUCUACAUUCUUUUAUCGAAUUAGCAACUGUUGUUCUGAGGUGUCCUGAACUGGUUUCCAACCCACAUUUGAAGGGAAAACUAGUUCAGGUUUUGAGUAUAGGAGCACUUCCUAUGCGUGACGAUAGUCCGGGUUUUAUGAUGGAUGUAUUCGAAAAUAAUGAGCUGGUCAGGUCACAUCUUCUCUAUGCAUUACUCGACUUUUACGUCAUAGUUGAAAAAACUGGGUCGUCUUCUCAAUUUUACGAUAAGUUUAAUAGCAGAUACAGCAUUUCGAUUGUUUUAGAAGAAGUUUACAAAAUCCCUGAAUAUCGGAACCAAAUAAUUUGGCAAGCAAAUAAUAACGCCGACUUUUUCGUAAGGUUUGUGGCUCGUAUGUUGAAUGAUCUGACGUUUCUACUUGACGAAGGCUUAAGUAAUUUGGCAGAAGUGCAUAACAUUCAGAAUGAACUGGAAAAUAGGGCAAGGGGCUUGCAACCGCGUAGGGAAGAAAACGACCAAGAAUUACAGUCAAAAUUGGUGGCAGCUGAGAGACAGGCCAGAUCUUCAUGUGGUUUGGCUGAGAAAUCGAUAAUUUUGUUCGAUAUAUUCACAAAAGAUAUUCCAAGAGCAUUUGUGACUCCAGAAAUUGUUGACAGGUUAGCAGGAAUGCUGGACUACAAUUUGGGGUCACUUGUGGGGCCAAAAUGUGGCGAGUUGAAGGUCAAGGAUCCGCAAAAAUAUUCUUUCGAUCCAAAAUCACUGUUGAAAUACUUGAGCACUGUUUACAUCAAUCUCUCUGAUGAACCAGAAUUUAUUUCAGCAGUAGCCAGAGAUGGUAGAUCUUUUCAUAAAUCAAUGUUUGAUAGAGCGAUCCAUAUUUUAGGAACAAGAACUGGGCUUGCGUCGGAUGAAUUCUGUUGUAAACUAAUGCAAUUUGCAAGAGAUGCCGAAGAUCAAAGGAUUGCCGAGGAGGAGGAAGACUUGGAGAUGGGAGACGCUCCCGACGAAUUUUUGGAUCCACUUAUGUUCACAAUCAUGAAAGACCCGGUGAUCUUACCAGCAUCAAAGGUAACUAUUGACAGAAGUACGAUCAAGGCACAUUUGCUGAGUGAUUCUACUGAUCCAUUCAAUAGAAUGCCCUUAAAACUGGAAGACGUUAUUCCUAACGUGGAGUUGAAACAAAGAAUUGAAGACUAUAAAAGCGCCAAGAAGCAACGGAAAAUUGAAGACUAG